AGUAAAUCCAAACAUAGGAAGAAGCACAUUUUCCUAUUAAAAAACAAAAACACUGAGAAAGUUAGAAGCAUCUGUGUGCUGUAAGUCUGUAACCAUCUACCUUUAUAUACACUUCCCCCUCCGUUCUCAUUCUUCCUACUUCACAUUCUCUCUCUGCUCUCUCUCUCUCAAUUCCUCCUUUUUCAGGAAUUUGGAGAGAGUAGUGAUAUUAUAAGGUAAGGAAGAAAAAAAAAAAAUCAAAGAUGAAGGUUUCAAUGAUUUUUCUUGUGUCCACUCUGCUGCUUCUGAGCUCAUCGGCAUUUGCUAAAACUGUAAGUCCACCCUCUCCCCCCGCUGAGAGUCCAACUCCGGCUCCAGCACCAGCACCUACACCAGAUUUCGUAAACCUCACUGAAUUACUCACUGUUGCUGGUCCAUUUCACACUUUUCUUCAAUACCUUCAAUCCACAAAAGUUUUGGACACUUUCCAAAACCAAGCAAACAACACUGAAGAAGGAAUCACUAUCUUUGUUCCAAAAGACAGUUCUUUCGCAUCAUUGAAGAAACCUUCUUUAUCCAAACUCAAAGAUGAUGAGAUAAAACAAGUGAUUCUUUUCCAUGCUUUGCCACAUUUCUAUUCACUUGCUGAUUUCAAAAACCUUAGCCAAACUGCCUCAACUCCAACAUUUGCCGGUGGUGAUUACACUUUGAAUUUCACCGAUAAUUCCGGAACUGUCAAAAUUAAUUCAGGAUGGUCAAUCACUAAGGUGACUAGUGCAGUUCAUGCUACUGAUCCUGUUGCAAUUUAUCAAGUUGAUAAGGUUUUGCUUCCUGAGGCAAUAUUUGGCACUGAUAUUCCACCUGUUCUGGCUCCUGCACCCACACCAGAAAUUGCGCCUGCAGCCGAUUCUCCAACUGAACAAAGUGCUGACAGCAAAUCGUCUUCACCUUCAUCUUCACCAGAUCGUUCGUCUUCUUACAAGAUCGUUAGCUAUGGAAUUUGGGGCAACCUUGUGUUGGCAACUUUUGGUUUGGUGGUGGUAAUCUUGUGAUGAUGAGGAGAAGUUUGUUGAGUAUUUAAUUUAGAUUUAUUAUGUUUAUGUAUCUACUUUUGAUGCUAUUUUACUUUGAUUUGAGUCCAAUUUUUUUGUGAACAUAAUGUGUUAUUCAAUAUAUGUAUGAGAUUGUGAUUUCUAUAAAAACACACUAAAAAAAUUAAUAAAUAAACUGGUAGCAUGUGAUUGUCAUGUUAUAUUAUGCAGCAA